AUGGGAAAGAUAGCAACGAAACUACGGGAGAUUAAGGAAGGACUCAGAAACGAUGAAAACUUAACUCGAGGAAGAAAGGGCUUUGUUCGUGGAAUGAAAGCAUUGCCGUCAUCGACAGGAAGAUAUUUGGUUCGGAAGAUUCCCUUCGUACAUUGGUUCCCGAACUAUGCUCCGAGAUGGCUUGUCGACGAUAUGAUUGCUGGAGUAACAGUCGCAUUGGUCUUGAUUCCCCAGGCCCUGGCAUCUGCAGCGUUAGCUGGCAUACCUUUGCAGCAAGGGCUCUUUGCUAGCUGGCUGCCAUCGGUCAUAUAUUUCUUCAUGGGUACAUCGAAAGAUAUUGCUACAGGCCCUACAACAUCUUUGAGUCUACUUACCAACGCCGUUGUGUUAUCGAUUACUGCACAAGAUCUUCCGAUACCGCCAGCUCUCAUUGCUUCCGGUCUCUCUUUUUCGAUAGGCGCCUUUUCUCUAUUAUUCGGACUCCUAAACCUUGGAUGGAUUCUAAAUUUCGUCACUGUUCCUAUGCUAGUUGGGUUCCAAAUGUCAGCAGCGUUGAUCAUUGUUCAAGGCCAGGUUCCAUUGAUACUAGGAGAGUCAGGUGUGGGCCAAGACUUUUCGCUACAAGAAAUGCAAAUCCCCCAAAAUAUUGCAACUACUCAACCAUUAUCUUUGGCUGUUGGCGUAGCCUCAAUAGUGAUUAUCAUUUCAUUAAAGCUUAUGGGUAAAAGGUGGGGGCAAAAGAGUAGCAUCAUCAGAAUCUUGUCAAGUUUACGGAACGCUUUUGUGAUUGCUAUUUCCACUGCGAUAUCCUUCAUUGUCAACAAAGACCUCAUCAUUCCACAAUUCCCCAUUGCCGGGACGGUAGCAUUAACCCUACAAUCUCCACAACUUCCGACCAAAGUUGUUCUGCUUGUCGCCAAGAGAUCAUUCCCUGUUUUCAUAGCUGCUAUAGCUGAGCAUUUGAUAUUCGCCAAGUCAUUUGCUCGUGAACACAACUAUGAAAUCGAUGAAUCGCAAGAACUCGUCUUUCUGGGGACCGCGAACAUUGUGAACGGCUUCUUUGGUGGGAUGCCAGUAUCCGGAUCUCUUUCUCUGUCAGCAGUAAAUUCAACAACUGGAGUGAGAUCACCACUCAGUGGACUAUUCUCUGCCGGAUUUGUUUUUCUUGCUAUCAAUGUAUUGACGGAAACAUUCCAGUGGAUACCAACUGCAGCAGCUAGUGCGAUUAUACUUAUCUCUGUAGGAGAAACAUUACCUCCAAACAGUAUUCCACUCACAUACUGGAAAGGUUCAUUUGCCGAUUUCAUAGGUUUUUUUGUCGUUAUGAACGUGGCGUUGGUUACAAGUCUAGAGUUCGCUCUUGGGCUUGGGGUAGUCUACAUAGCGCUCUACACUCUCCUCCGCACAUUAUUCUCCUCGAUUAGUCCAUUAAAGCCCCAUGAUCUCGAAAACAGAUACAGUUUCGAAAGUGUUAACAGAAUGAGUAUACCUCUUCAGGGAGGACGCCUAGUACCUCAAGGCACGCAACUCAUUACGUUAGAAACUCCUCUCAUUUACUUGAACGCGGAGAGGAUAAAGAAAGAUAUUCUAGAAGCUAUUUGGACCUAUCAUGAACCGACUCCAUACGGGCCAACAGAACGAAUUGGAUGGAGCGACUAUCGGCUUCGAAGAACUGCCGCUCUUCGUCGCAGGAGUAACAUUAAUACACCAACCAGAUUCCUUCCAAGGCUUGAAGUCGUCGUAUUCAAUUUCACACGAGUCACAUUUAUUGAUACUACCGGCCUUACCUACCUUCAAGAUCUCAAAGACGAAAUUAUGGCCUAUAGUGGUGACGCUGUAGAGUUACGUUUCGUAGGCAUGAUUGACGCUGUACAAAAGAAAUUCAAGAGAGUAGGAUGGCCGUUGGGCACUUAUCAAGAAUCACAAAUCGGUCUGGUCGCGGGAAUUGACAUCAUAUUUGAAGAUCUACAUGAUGCGGUCGCAGCACCUAGAAGCGUUAGAGCAUCUAUGAAUGGACUAGAUUUUGGGUUUGUGAAUUCCAGGAAUGAUAUGGAACAAUUUACAGAUGAGGAGGCUUUUGAAAAGGGCAGGAUGAACAUCAUAGUUACAAAUGUUGUGACAAAGGAUGGGAGGGCGUAUAAGGAGGAAAUUUAA